AUGAGCUCGCACAUUGUCACGGCGGGGGAUGUGAGUGAGACCGCUGACGGAGUGCGGAACUUGGUGCAUGUCACAGACACCGCCAUGGACAUUGACCAGACCGGCGCGGCUCUGAUCGACGAGGGGCUCUACAGCCGCCAGCUCUACGUGAUGGGCCGCGAGGCCCAGCUGCGCAUGGGGGCGUCCAACGUGCUCAUCGUGGGGCUCAACGGACUCGGCGUGGAGAUCGCCAAGAACGUCGUCCUGGCUGGAGUCAAGAGCGUCACGCUGCACGACGACGCGCCGGCCACCGCGCUCGACCUGGCGUCCCAGUUUUACCUGAGCGAGGCCGACAUUGGCAAGUCGCGCGCGACAGUGUCAGUGCAGAAGCUGGCGGAGCUGAAUCCGUACGUCCCCGUCCGCUGCCACUCGGGCGAGAUCACGGAGGAGUUCCUCGCUGGAUUCAGGGCUGUGGUGCUCGUCAACGCGCCGCUGAAAGAGGCAAAGCGUAUCAACGCUAUCUGCCAUGCCAAGUCCAUCGCCUUCAUCACGACGGAAGCCCGGGGGGUGUUUGGCUCCGUCUUCUGCGACUUCGGCGACGAGUUUGUCGUAUCGGAUCGUGAUGGCGUCGAGCCUGUGAGCUGUCUGAUCUCUUCCGUCUCCAACUCCGUGCCGCCUCUUAUUACCGUGAGCGAUGAUACUCGCCACGGCCUGGAAACUGGAGACCUGGUGUCUUUCCGUGAAGUGGCUGGCUUCCCAUUCUUGAACGACAGCAAACCGAGAAAGGUGACGGUGACUGGGCCGUUCACAUUCACUCUGGACACGAAUGAUGAUGCCGACAAAAAGCGAUUUGAGGAGGGACAGCCCUCAAGUGGAGGGUAUGUCACCCAGGUGAAGCAGCCUCUGAUGACGAAGUUCAAGGAUCUGGAGAGCGCGCUUGCGGCGCCUGGGGAGUUCCUAAUUAACGAUUUUGCCAAGAUCGGUCGAUCCGAGCUGCUUCACGUUGCGUUCCAAGCGCUGGACGCGUACCAGGAGAAGCACCAAGGCAGUUUCCCCAAACCUGGAAGUAUGCAAGAUGCCGACGUGGUGUUCUCUCUGGCCGUUGAGCUGAACAAGCAGUCGGCUGCUAAGAAGCAUUUCAGUGUCGAAAACAUGGAUGCUGAUGAGUCGAAGAAAGUGAUCCAGGCGCUUUCGGCUGGCGCUACCGGCGUGAUCUCUCCUAUGGCAGCUUUCCUUGGAGGUAUUGUCGGCCAGGAGGCUCUCAAGGCGUGCAGCGGCAAGUUCACUCCGAUCCAACAGUUCUUCUACUUUGAUGCAAUCGAGUGUCUCCCCGACACUGUCUACGCGGACACCCCAGAUGAAUUUGCCCCCAGUGGCACUCGAUACGAUGGACAGAUUGUGGUGUUUGGCCGGAAGGUGCAGGAGAAGAUCAAGAACCUCAACGUGUUCUUGGUGGGAGCUGGCGCGAUCGGGUGCGAAAUGCUGAAAAACUGGGCCAUGAUGGGUGUUGCUUCUAACAAGGAUGCCACGAUUCACAUUACCGAUAUGGACACCAUUGAAAAGUCCAACCUCAACCGCCAGUUCCUGUUCCGCUCGAAGGAUGUGCAACAGGCGAAGUCCUCGGUUGCUGCCCGGGCUAUCAAGGAAAUGAACCCGGACGUCAAUGUGCAGGCUUACGUGUCCCGCGUUGGUGCUGAAUCCGAGGACCAGUUCAACGACGACUUCUUCGAGUCACUAUCGGGCGUGUGCACUGCACUGGAUAACGUCGAGGCGCGUUUGUACAUGGACCAGCGCUGUUUGUUCUACGGGCUCCCUAUGUUCGAGUCGGGCACGCUUGGAACGAAGGGUAACACGCAGAUUGUUGUGCCCCACAAGACCGAAAACUACGGAGCUUCGCGUGACCCGCCUGAGAAGAGUAUUCCUAUUUGCACUCUGAAGAACUUCCCUAAUGCUAUUGAGCACACUCUUCAGUGGGCACGCGACUGGUUCGAGGGUGAGUUUUUCCAGGCCCCAUCGGAUGUGAAUCGUUUCCUUGAAGGACCGGCAUUCAUGAAGGAGCUGAAUGAGCAGCAAAACACCAAGGUGGAAACGCUGGAGCGACUCAAAAGCUCCCUGGUGGACAACCGCCCGAUGUCAUUCGAGGACUGCAUUUCCUGGGCUCGCUUCAAGUUCGAAGACCUCUUCAGCAACCAGCUCAAGCAGCUGUUGUACAACUUCCCCCUGGAUCAGCUAACAACUUCGGGAACCCCGUUCUGGUCCGGACCGAAGCGACCCCCGACGCCGAUCACGUUCGACGUGAAGGACCCGUUGCACCUCGACUUUAUUGUUUCGGUCGCUAACAGCCGUGCGAAGAACUACGGCCUGAAGGGCCACACGGACAGGGAUGCAUUCGCGCAGGUGCUUGCGAGGAUUCACGUUCCGGAGUUCUCUCCCAAGAAGGGUGUGAAGAUUGCCGCCUCCGACGCUGAACUCAAGGAAGGAGGUGCUGCUCCUGGGCUGGAAGACGCGGACACUCAGUGCGAGUCCAUCUUGAACGAGUUGCCGAAGCCUUCGGACCUUGCGGGCUACCGCAUGGAGCCCAUCGAGUUCGACAAGGACGAUGACUCGCACAUGGAAGUCAUUGUGUCUGUCUCGAACCUGCGCGCACGGUCGUACAAGAUCCCGGAGGAGGACAUGCACAAGUCGCGCUUCAUCGCUGGCAAGAUCAUCCCGGCCAUUGCCACGACGACGGCGCUCGUGACGGGUCUCGUGUGCUUCGAGUUCCUCAAGGUGUUCCAAGACAAGCCGCUGGACCACUACAAGAACGGUUUCGUGAACCUCGCGCUGCCGCUCUUCACCUUUGCCGAGCCCAUCGAGCCGAAGGCCACCAAGACGAUGCUCAAGGGUGAGGAGUACAAGUGGACGGCGUGGGACCGCCUGGAGGUGGACCGUGGUGACAUGACGCUGAAGGAGUUCCUGGCCUACUUCGAGAAGGAAUACGACGCCGAGGUCUCCAUGCUCUCGUACGGCGUCACGAUCCUCUACGCCAUGUACUCGCAGAAGUCCCGGUCCAAGGAGCGCAUGGCCAUGAAAAUCUCGGACCUCGUGCGCACCGUCACCAAGAAGCCCAUCGACCCGAAGCUCAAGUACCUGAUCCUGGAGGUUUGCGCCAUGGAUGCGGACGGAGAAGACGUCGAGCUGCCCUACCUGCGCUACCACUACAAGCAGCAGUAAGUUAGGCGGCGAGCAGCAAUGAGUCACUGCAAGACCCAAUAAACAAACUGUCGUUC